AUGACCAGCAAUGGCGCCCUCACAUCCACCUCGAUGCACGCUGGCACAGCCAACAGCGCCGCACCCGGCCCGCUCAACGAUGGCAGCGGCAUGACCACCCUGCCCGGCAGUUUCCUACCCUUCGAAGAAAUCCACCUUCCGCCGCACCUGAUGCCACUGAACCCGGAGGACGAGGACGGCGUUGUGCCGGACAUGCAUGCUGCGUUUGGCAUUGAUCGCGCGCUGGGACAGGGCGCAAGUGCGGCUGGUGCUGGCGCUGGCGCUGGUGGGCUUGGGGCUGGGGGCGGUGCAGCUGGAGGAGCGACAGGUUUUGGGCCGAGGGGUGAAGCUAGUAUGGCGGGUGUGCAACGAGAGCCGGUCUGGAGGGAUCUUGGAUUGCUGGGGUUGAUGGCUGAUGGCGGUGGCAGUGGGGAUGGAGGGAGGCUCAAGAAUGCUGCUGGCGCUGGCGGGGCGAGGAGGGAGGGGAGGAGGGAGGGGAGGAGGGAGGGCUUGUUGUUUCUACGGUGA